AUGAGCGUCCACUUCAGUAAGGCUGGUCACCGCAGAAAGCUCGUUCGAUCCAAUCUCCUGCACAGAUGGAUGGAGAUGCUUCUCAUGUUUCCUGACGCUCCUGCAGACGCCUUGUACUGGGACUUUAUAGACGUCGUUAGCAACCAAUCCGUGCCUAAGUCCACUGCACUAGGUAGCAUGAAGAAUGUGCGCGAUGAUGUCAAGAUCCUGUACGCCAAAGACAAAGAGGCGAUUCUGGAGCACCUCGGAGACGUGUCCUCCUUACAAGGAAAAGUGCAACGGGCGACCGAGGCCUGGUUCAAGAAUCAUCCGCUCCUGGACUCUCUGUUCGACAACCCGCCAGGGUCGCUUCGGACCAACAUGGAGGGUCGUCGUGACCUACUUCAGUCUCUUUAUGAUGAUUCCGAACCUCAGCAGAAGGUCACCUGUGGUGGACAUGAAGCAAAAGCUUGCCGUGAAUGCCCCAAAGGGCAUGGUGCGAGCUGGUGUAACGUUGAUUGCGGCUGGGCGAACGGUGGCUGCAAAGGAGUUUUCAAAACCCCAGAUGUCACUUCGCCUGCGGUGGAGGGCUCUUGGGUGGAGUUGACUUUCCAGGAGUCCCAGGAUGUGGAGGCUGUACACGUGCGCAUGGGCGGCUAUGUUAAGCCACCCUGCGACAAGUGCAACAAGGGGGCAGAGGUUCCAGAUGACGACUUCGACCAUGCUUUGGAUGAUGCAGAAAUGCUGUUCGGGCACGGUUGGGGUGGCAGUGCCGACACGCCGUCCUGUAGAAGAUACACCAGGAUUACGGAUCUUGCUGGACGGGAGGUCUUCUGGCGGAGCAAGUUUAGCGAGCCGGUCAGAGAUGUGCGGUGCGUCCGCAUUGAAGUCUCUCGCGCACAGCAGCAUCCCUUGGUGUUGCGGAGUCUUCAGGUGCGGACCACCAAGGCCAAGCAAGGGAAGGCAGCUGCUAAAAUUGCACGUGGCCCCUUGCUGGUACCAGGACAAAGGCAUGCGUUGAGAAGCCCUUCGACCUUGCCUGUACGGAGUCAGGUGGAUGCCAGGGGAAAGGAGCCGCACCUGGAAUGGGUUUUGCUCACUUCGCUGGCUGCUUUUGCUGGAGCCUUCGCUGGUGUGCUCGGCAGCAUGCUCAACAGCAGCAAGACGAAGCGACGCCGAAAAUCGAUUGGUAUCGGAUGA